AAAAUUUGAAUCAAUCAACAAUCAACACUUUGAUUAUUCCUCGUGCUCUUUGUGUUUCCGUUUAAUCCAAUAGACGAGUGUUACCGAGUUUCCAUUAAACGUCUUAACAUGCAAUCUGGUGGAAAGGUUGAAGCUGGUAAUUCUUCUGAGACUUCUGAUUCUUCAGCAAAGAAAGAGUUGUCACUGAAUCGUGACCAGUAUACUUUUCUAGAAUUGUUUAUCAAAAGGCGAAAAGAUACCGAUUGUAAUAUGGACACAGUUAUGGAUGCGUUGCACACACUUGAUGAUGACAAUCAGGAGUUCAAUAUUAAGGAUGCUGUUUUGGUUUAUCAAAAGUUUACAGUUAAUAUCUGCUUUGCCCCCCAAUAUGAACAUUUCAUGGCUCGUGCUAUAAGAGAUAUUGAAUCAUCCGGUCAUUCUGCUCAGUUUCUGCGUGAAUAUCACAAUAAAAAUAACGCUCGGAAUGCUGAUAUAAAUCACACUCCAUUUAUCCAUUUGAUCACUGGUGUGGAUAAGCUACAUUUAGGCCUCUCUAUUAAACGGGAAUCCACUGCUUGCACACUGAAUCAAAAACAUAAACACUUAAUCAAUUCAAUGCAUAGGAGAAAAUUAACUUGCAUCAAUUGGCUGACCUUAACAGAAAUGUUUAACCAUCUUGAAGAUGUCGAUGAUUGUUUUUGGUAUCCUGAAGGCGUUGUCGCUGCAUACAAUGAACAUUGUGCACUUAUUGAAAAAGGCGGUUAAUGAAUGGAUAGUAAUUAAAGAGUAACAUAUCUCCUCGUCGUGAUAAAAUUGUCUCAUUGUUAUUAAACUAUCACCAAGAUAUUUAAAUAAUCGUCUUGAAUAAUCUUACCCCAGGCCCAGGUUUCAUUCUGAAGAAAAAAUCUUAAAUAACUGAUCAUUGAUUAAUUGAUUUCUAAGUUACUAAUCUCACGGUCAACCUUCUUUUCCAUAUUCUCUUUAAAUUCAUUUUUAACUAAGUUAAAAUUAAAGAUUAACUGUCUCUAUGAA